GUGGGGAGGUGCUUUGGAAAUCCAGCGUGUUCCUGCAGCUGAUCUCUCCCCCCUCCCUCUCCGUUUCCUGCAGCUCAAUGGAUAAAACAGCAUGCUCUGAACAGGCACACUGCCUUCACAACAGGACCCUCACCAGGAAGAACACGGAUGCCCAAAGAGGGAGGAAGCUUUUCAACUGCACAUGCUUAUGUCCUCUUAUCAAGACAUUUGAGUAAAGAGAGAGGAGCGCUGUAUAAGGAGGGGGAAAAUACUUCUCGAUGGCUAAACCUGGGUUACGGAUCUGACAGCAGCUGAGAGAGAUCUGCAUGGAACAGUCUGCAACUUUUUAACCACGUUUGGGAUAUAAGGAGAACUUGGGAUUCUUUGCCCAGACUUACCCAUGUCAGUGAGGUACUGACAGACGGUUGCAAGGGGCAAUCUAGAUAACCUGAGCUGUUUAACAACACCCACCCUGCUGACUAUUAGACAAGAGAAAAUGUGGCUGCCUGUUUGUUUUUCUGUGAGCUGCAGUCUUCUUCUAGUUUCAGGAUACAACUCAUUUCGGAAAAGCAUAGAGACCCUAGGCAAGAAACAAUAUCAAGUCCAACAUGGAUUGUGUAGCUAUACUUUUCUCCUGCCUGAGAUGGACAACUGUCGAUCGGCUUCAACUUCCUAUGUCUCAAAUGCAGUCCAGAGGGAUGCACCCUUAGAUUAUGAUGAUUCCGUACAAAGGCUUCAGCUUCUUGAAAACAUCCUGGAAAACAACACUCAAUGGCUAAUGAAGCUUGAAAAUUAUAUCCAAGAUAACAUGAAAAAAGAAAUGGUAGAAAUCCAGCAGAAUGCAGUGCAAAACCAGACAGCGGUAAUGAUUGAAAUAGGCACAAACCUUUUAAAUCAAACAGCAGAACAAACCCGGAAAUUAACAGAUGUUGAAGCACAUGUAUUGAAUCAAACAUCAAGACUUGAACUUCAACUUCUAAAACAUUCACUUUCAACCAACAAACUUGAAAUGCAGAUUUCAGAUCAGACCAGUGAGAUUGGUAAACUGCAAGAAAAAAACAGCUUUUUAGAAAAAAAAGUCCUUGAAAUGGAAGACAAGCACACAGUCCAGCUACAGUCAAUAAAAGUCGAAAAAGAUAAGCUCCAGUCGCUAGUUUCCAGGCAGAACUCCAUCAUUGAAGAACUGCAGCAACAGCUGGUCACUGCCACAGCUAACAACUCUCUUCUGCAAAAACAGCAGCAUGAUUUGAGGGAGACUGUGCAGAACCUGUUUUCCAUUGUUUCUACACCAAAUCCAUCCAAGAAUGCUUUGGUGGCUGGAGAUGAACAGAUCAAUUUCAAGGACUGUACUGAAGCCUUCAAAUCAGGACUUACAACCAGCGGCAUCUAUACAUUAACAGUGCCUAAUACAGGAGAGGAGAAAAAGGCAUAUUGUGAUAUGGAAAACAGUGGAGGAGGCUGGACAAUAAUUCAGCGGCGCUCAGACGGCAGUGUAGACUUUGACCGAACCUGGGAAGAGUACAAAACGGGAUUUGGGAAUCCUUCUGCAGAACACUGGCUGGGAAAUGAGUUGGUGUAUCAACUAACCAACCAGAAGCAGUAUGCUCUUAAAAUAUACUUGAAAGACUGGGAAGGAAAUGAGGCAUAUUCCUUAUACGAACAUUUUUAUCUAGCAAAUGAAGAACAAAAAUACAGGAUCAACCUUAAAGGACUUACGGGCACAGCCGGCAAAAUAAGCAGCAUAAGCCAGCCAGGAAAUGGUUUUAGCACAAAGGAUGCAGACAAUGACAAAUGUAUCUGCAAAUGUUCACAAAUGUUAACAGGAGGAUGGUGGUUUGAUGCAUGUGGUCCGUCCAAUCUGAAUGGAGUGUACUUUCCAAUGCGACAGAACACAAACAGAUUUAAAGGAAUUAAGUGGUACUACUGGAAAGGAGCAGGCUAUUCUCUCAAGGCCACAGUUAUGAUGAUCCGACCAGCAGAUUUCUAAUAAGAAAUUGCACUUUGUAUAAAAUGCUUAGUGAAGAAAUACAACAUACGUCCACCUGGCAAAUAUUCAAACUUCAAAUAGCCAGAGACUGCUCAUCCUGCCUAGACAAAACGCAUAAGUACACUGCAGGAAUUGACUUCAGUCCUGAAUGAAAAGCAACAGAAGUUCAGCAGCUAGAGAUAUAUUAUGGAAUAAUGAUUUGGCAAAACGAAGGCAAUAGAUGGAUAUUUCCCAAGUUUAAGGACAACAAUGUCUUGAACAUUUAUAGCAUGUGUGCAUAACUGGAACUAUGAAGCACAUCUAAGUGCAUCAAAUAAAAUUACUAAGCUUAAGAAGUAAGAUUUUAUGCUUUCUUGCCAAACUCUAAAAUGAAGACACUCCAAUGUAAACUCUAGCCUACUCUUUUCUCUUGCCAUAGUUGUAAGUAUGUAGAUAAUGUGGUGUUUUGUAAUUAACUCCUGUAUUCAGAAUCUUAUUAUUAGUCAUCACACAUUCAGGGAUAUUUGGUAGCACAGGCUAGUAUAUUUAAUAAGCUUUUGUAAAAUAUAAAUAUAUAUAUUUCGACACUUUAUAUGUCUUCUUUAAAAGUCCAGUAUUGUGUAUAAUAAUCACAUUUUUUAGCUCUUAAAAUAUCCUGGUUUUCUAUCAGUGUUUUAUGAUGGAAUCCCUACAACUGAUAAGAGUUUUAUCAUGUGAUGGCAAUAUAAUUUGUUAAAAAAGAAAAGAAAUUGCA